AUACUAACCCACGUGUCAAAACACACAAAUAUUUUUUGCAACAUUUUCCAUUUAUAAAACUCCCUUUAACAACCCUUUCUUUUACCAGUUUCUUCAUUCAUCAUCAUCACCUUCAAUGGCAUCCAUGAGUUCUUUGAAAAUGAUUUCUUCCCUCAACCUUUCUACCUCUCCUCUUCAAACUCAAAACCAAAUAGUUUCUUCCGGUCUCUCUCUGUCCUUCCCAAGUAGAAGAAACUUCAACACUUCAACCACAAAGCAAGUAUCUACAACCAAAAGAAGUUCUCAGAACACCAGAACCAAUGCACUCUUCUUCAAUAACCAAAAGCAGCAUCAAGAAUCUUCAAAACCAGCCAAAGUUCAAGAACUGUUUGUGUAUGAGAUCAAUGAACGUGAUAGAGGAAGUCCUGCAUACCUUAGACUAAGUCAAAAAUCAGUGAACUCACUUGGAGAUUUAGUACCAUUCAGCAACAAACUCUAUUCAGGAAACUUGGAAAAAAGGUUAGGUAUAACUUCAGGUUUAUGUAUACUGAUCCAGAAUGAACCUGAGAAAAAGGGUGAUAGAUAUGAAGCAAUUUACAGCUUCUACUUUGGAGACUAUGGUCAUAUAUCAGUACAAGGACCUUAUCUCACAUACCAAGACACAUAUCUUGCUAUAACAGGUGGUUCUGGAAUCUUUGAAGGUGUUUAUGGACAAGUUAAACUUCAACAACUUGUGUUCCCAUUUAAGCUGUUCUACACUUUUUACUUGAAGGGUGUUGCUGAUUUGCCAGCUGAUUUACUUGGAAAGCCUGUUGAUCCUUCACCACAUGUUGAACCAUCUACUGCUGCUAAGGCUACUGAGCCUCAUGCCUCUUUACCAAACUUCACCAACUGAUCAUCAUCAUCCUCAUGAGUUUUUGAUUUUUGAGCAAAAAAAUAAAUUGUAGUUGUUUUGGUUGUUCUAUGUCAUUUAAUUUUAGUCUUGUUUUGUACUGUUUUAGAAAUUAUUUAUGUGUUAGGUUAAGCAUAAUUGGACUUACCUGUCUUUUUUCUGGAAAUCAAUUUACAUCACUUAUGUUGAGCUUAUUCUA